CACCACCACCACCACUCCAGCACCUGUAGCAACCCCCACCACCACUCCAGCAUCUGUGACUACAGCCACGCCCAUGAUGUGUAAGAAAUCCAGGUGCUUUCUAGGUGAGCUGAUGUAUGUGAACAGCAGUGUGUCCUGGCUGGAGGCCCUGGACUGGUGUGAGCAGAGGGGCCUGAGGCUGCUGCACAUCCUGAGCGAGGCCACCCAGACGCAGCUCAACCUGCUGCUCAGCUCCCUGGAGCCACCCUACGGUCCCGCCGACAUAGUCUGGGUCGGAUUGGUACACUGCUUCCUACAGCCAAGGGAGACCUGGGAGUGGUUGGAGGGUCCUCUGGAGCGCUACACACACUGGCACCCCACUGACUUCCCACGCUGGCGCUUUGGAUACCACUGUGGACAGGUGACAAAGGCGGAGUCAGGAGACUACAUGUGGCUGGAUGACUGUUGCUCUCGGAAACGCCCCUUUGUUUGCCAGAAGGUGACUGAUGGGCGCAGUAAGGGGACCAAUCCAGCGAGGGGCGGCAGAGCGCCUUGCUACCAGCGCUACACUUGA